AUGCAAAACUUAACAUGUGUACCAGAACUCCAUUUCAUUCAACUCUCGGAAGAUCCAGAUGUACAGACUGUUCUCUUUGGCCUAUUUUUGUUCAUGUAUAUCUUGGCCCUGAUUGGAAACCUGCUCAUCAUCCUGACAGUAAGCUCUGACUCCCAUCUCCACACACCUAUGUACUUCUUCCUCUCCAACCUGUCCAUGGUUGAUAUUUGUUUCAUCUCCACCACGGUUCCAAAGGUGAUUCUGGACAUCCAAACUCACUGUGGAGUCAUCUCCUUUGUUGGCUGCCUGACCCAGAUGUCACUGUUGAUAGUAUUUGGAUGUAUGGAAAACAUGCUUCUGGCUGUGAUGGCAUAUGACUGGUUUGUGGCCUUCUGCCACCCCUUGCAUUACCAGGUCAUUAUGAAUCCCAGUCUCUGUGGUGUCUUACUUCUAGGGUCUUUUCUCUUUAGCCUUGCAGAUUUACAGUCACACUAUGUGGCAAUAUUAAAUUUUUCUAACUGUGAGGAUUUUACUGAAGUUUCCAACUUCUUCUGUGGCCCUUCUGAAGUUGUUAAACUUAUCAAUUUUGAUACUGUCACUAGUGCCAUAGUCAGAUUCAGUAUAGGCAGUGUCUUUGCGUUAAUUCCUAUUUCAGGAAUUGUUUUCUCUUACUUUAAAAUAGUUUCCUCCAUCAUAAGGUCACCAUCAUCCAGUGGGAAACACAAAACCUUCUCCACCUGUGGGUCUCAUUUGUCCAUUGUUUGCCUGUUUUAUGGAACAGGACUAGGAGUGUACUUCAGCUCCUCCUGGUUACAUACUCCCAGAAGUUAUGCAGUGGCCUCAGUGAUGUACAGUGUGGUCACACCUAUGUUGAAUCCCUUCAUCUAUAGCCUGAGGAAUAAGGACAUUAAAACUGCCUUAAGGAAGAUCCUUAGCAGUGCAAUCUAA